UUUGUCCUCAACAGCGACGUGAUCUGCGAGUUCCCCUUCGCGGCGCUGGCCCAUUUCCACCGGCAGCACGGCGGUGAGGGCUCGCUGGUGGUGACCCGCGUGGAGGAGCCAGCCAAGUACGGCGUGGUGGUGAGCGAGGCUGACACCGGCCGCAUCUGCCGCUUCGUGGAGAAGCCGCGUGUCUUCGUGUCCAACAAGAUCAAUGCCGGGCUCUACAUCUUCAACCCCGGCAUCCUGCAACGCAUCCAGCUGCGCCCCACCUCCAUCGAGAAGGAGAUCUUCCCGGCCAUGGCGCAGGAGGGGCAGCUCUACGCCAUGGAGCUGCAGGGCUUCUGGAUGGACAUCGGGCAGCCGAAGGACUUCCUUACGGGCAUGUGCAUGUACCUCCAGGCGCUGCGGGCUCAGCACCCCGAGAAGCUGCACUCAGGGCCCGGUGUCGUAGGGAACGUGCUGGUGGACCCCAGCGCCAAGAUUGGGGCAAACUGCGUCAUUGGCCCCAACGUGACAAUUGGGGCCGGUGUGGUGGUGGAGGACGGGGUGCGCAUCAAACGCUGCACUGUGCUGAAGGGGGCCCGCAUCCGCUCCCACUCCUGGCUGGAGUCCUGCAUCGUGGGCUGGAGCUGCUCCGUGGGGCAGUGGGUGCGCAUGGAGAACGUGACAGUGCUGGGCGAGGAUGUCAUCGUCAACGACGAGCUCUACCUCAACGGGGCCAACGUGCUGCCACACAAGUCCAUCGCCGAGUCUGUGCCAGAGCCACGCAUCAUCAUGUAGCAGCCCCUGGUGGGCCCCGCACUCCCGGCUCUCUUGGAUUAAAUAUUUAUAUUU